AUUUACUUCACUCUCUCUGCUCUCUCUUUAAAUACAACACUCAUUCCCCUCCCUUUCUCAACACCAACACUCUCUUCUUUCUUCUUCUCCUUCUUCCUCUUCUUUUUCUCGGCUCCACGAAUAUGGAGGCGAGGAAGGGUAGGCGCGCCUUCCUAUGGGCUGCUUUUGCUGCACUGCUUUCGCUAAACUUGGUCGUCCACGUCGUUUCCAGACCCGAACACUUCGAUGAUCAGAAGACCUACUACACCCCCGACCCCAAUGCACCUACUCCUCCUACAGUUAGUCCGCCACACAGCUCGCCACCGUCUCACGGAACACCUCCCAACAACUGUGGAAACAACCCCCCAAACAGACACGGCCACAGCCACGGCCACCAUCCUUCAACGCCUUCAGGACACAACCAUUCCCCUCCGCCAACGGACCCUACCCCGACUCCUACAACGCCUUACACCCCGACCCCCUCCACUCCAACCCCCACCACGCCUUACACCCCGACUCCCACAACGCCCACCACUCCAACCCCCACCACGCCUUACACCCCGACUCCUACAACGCCUACCACCCCCGACCCCAGUGCACAACCUCCACCUACCAAUUACUGUGGCAACCCCCCAAGCGGAGCCGGACACAACCCUCCACCAACUGAUCCCACCCCAACUCCCACAACGCCUUACACACCGACUCCCUCCACUCCAACCCCGACCACGCCUUAUAACCCGCCUCACACCCCGGACCCCAAUGCACAACCUCCUCCUGCAGUUACUCCCCCACACGGCUCGCCACCGUCCCAUGGAGGCACGCCGCCUGCUUACUGUGGCAACCCCCCAAGCGGAGGCGGCCACCACACUCCACCCCCUUCCGGAGGAGGAGGAUACUACCAUUCCCCUCCACCAACCGACCCCACCCCAACUCCUACCACGCCUUACACCCCGACCCCCUCCACUCCAACCCCGACCACGCCUUACACCCCGACUCCCACAACGCCCACCACUCCAACCCCUACCACACCUUACACUCCGACCCACUCCACUCCACCCCCUUCCGGAGGAGGAGGAUACUACCAUUCCCCUCCACCAACCGACCCCACCCCAACUCCUACCACGCCUUACACCCCGACCCCCUCCACUCCAACCCCCACCACGCCUUACACCCCGACUCCCACAACGCCGUCCACCCCAACGCCCACCACACCUUACACUCCGACGCCAACCUAUGGGACACCACCGAGCACUCCGAUCGACCCGGGGACCCCUACUACACCCUACACUCCGACGCCAACCUAUGGGACACCACCGAGCACUCCGAUCGACCCGGGGACCCCUACUACACCCUACACUCCGACGCCAACCUAUGGGACACCACCGAGCACUCCGAUCGACCCGGGGACCCCUACCACACCCUACACUCCGACGCCAACAUAUGGGACGCCACCGAGCACAGGGACCCCUACCACACCCUACACUCCGACGCCAACCUAUGGGACGCCACCAAGCACUCCGAUCGACCCAGGGACCCCGACCACACCGGGCAUCACGGUGCCAUCGCCUCCAUUCUCGUUUGAUCCAAACUCCCCACCUUUCACAUGCAACUACUGGAGGAAUCACCCCCAGCUAAUAUGGGGCUUAUUCGGCUGGCUCGGAACCGUGGGAAGUGCGUUCGGAGGCAGUACUGGUACUGGUACAGGUAUAGGUAUCGGCAACGGUACCCCACCAAUCACGGGGGCAAACAUGAACUUACUCGAGGCUCUCUCCAACACUCGCACAGACGGUUUCGGAGCACUCUACAGGGAAGGCACGGCUGCUCUGCUGAACUCCAUGGCCAACACGAGGUUCCCCUACACUACCAACCAGGUCAGAGAUAGUUUCGUUCGAGGACUGAGCUCGAACCAGGCCGCGGGAGCUCAGGCGAAGCUCUUCAAGAUGGCCAAUGAGGGUAGAAUGAGCCCCUGAGCUUGUAAAAGGAAACAAAAACACCAUAGUAUUGUUUAUGGUACAACUUGAUGUGUGUUGUGUGUGCUACUUUCACUUGUUUGAGGUGUAAUAUUAUGUUUAUUAGUACUUUAGUUAUACUGCAAUAUUAGAAAAUUAAUGUGGUGGAGCUGUUUCCUAAACUUGCUAUUUUCAAUUAUUUUUACUCAA